GCCAUGAAGAAGGAAUGAAGGAUUAGUAGAAGUACGCUGCUUAGUGGUGACGCUUUAAUGGAACUUUUGGUGAAGUUGGCUCCCCAACCAAUCCUCAAUCGCUUCUACUCUUUCUGCUUGCUUUCUCUGCAUGGAAUGGAAUGGGAGUAUUCUGAAAUCUCAAUGUAUACGCUUCCAAUUCAUUUCAACUGAGGUAUAUUUACUGAAAAUUUGCUCUUAAGAUUCAGAAACUCGCUUCUUUUCUAGAUCCAUCCAUAUACAUUUUCAGUUCUGGUUUAGUUGAGUAAUUGCAAUCCGUAUAAUAUAAUCGAUCCAAAUGGGGGCUGCGCCGUCUAAAAUGGAAGAAGACAAGGGUUUACAGCUCUGUCGUGAGCGGAAAAAGUUUGUCAAACAAGCACUUGAUGGAAGAUGUUCCUUGGCUGUUACUCAUAUUACAUAUGUUGAUUCCUUAAGAGAAGUUGGAACAUCUCUCAGGAUGUUUAUUGAAGGAUCAUCAUCUCUCUUCACUUCUACCACCGCCACACCACAACCACUUCCAUUAACCGAAACAUCUCUCUCUCACUUCUCAUUCUCUCCAUCUCCUUCUCCACACGACGGACCUAUUCAGUAUCAAGCCAACCAUAUGAAAUCUAGGGUUCCAUUCUCCAAAAAGGUCGUAGAGGUACUUCCAAUGCCUGUUCUAGCUUCAGUAACAUCCUCGGCCACAUUUCAGAACAAUAACACGCCUCAUUCGACAGCGGAGAGAUCUCCGGAGACUCCUCUUUGGGACUAUUUUGGUCAUUCUCAUCCAAUUGACAACCAUCUUUCCUCUUAUGAAGGCCUGGAUGACACAACAAGACUAGGGAAAGAGGAGGGAGUUCCUGAUCUGGAUGAUGAUGAUAAUGAUGAAGAAGAAGAUAAACAUUCUUCUUCAUUUGAUGAGCCAGAAGAUGAAUUUGAUGAACCUUCUACUGAGUUCUUACAUAAUGGCGAAAAAAGCAACAAUCUUGAUAUGUCACCAUCUAAUGCACAUUUGAAAGAUGAUGAGAAUAAAGCAGCAGAAACUACUACUCCUCAUCCUCCUAAGGACUUAUUUUCAAGCAUGAAAGAUAUCGAGUAUCUAUUCAUCAAAGCUGCUGAUUCUGGUAAAGGCGUCCCAAGGAUGCUCGAAGCCAAUAAAUUUCAUUUCCGCCCUAUUUUUCCCGGGAAAGAUAGUGGGUCUAUGGCAUUAAUGAUGGUCAAGGCUUGUUUCUCUUGUGGGAAGGAUGAUCCUAUUCAUGUUCAAGAAGAGCCUGUUCAAAAUACUGUAAAUUACUUGACUUGGCAUCGGACUGCUUCAUCGCGUUCUUCUUCAUCCCGAUUUACUCAUGGUACAAACUCACUGGAUGAAAGGGAAGACUUCAAUGACAGCCUUUUAGGUAAUUGUAUGAUCUCUGGAAGUCAUGCCUCCACCUUAGACAGACUAUUUGCAUGGGAGAGGAAGCUUUAUGAUGAAGUUAAGGCUAGCCAGAUAAUAAGAGGACAGUAUGAUGCAAAAUGUAAACUCUUAAGAAGUUUAGAAUCAACUGAUGAAAGCAAAACCAAGAUUGAUAAAGUACGAGCAGUUGUCAAGGAUCUGCACUCGAGAAUUAGAGUUGCAAUUCACAGAAUCGACACAAUAUCAAAGAAAAUCGAGGAAUUGAGAGACAGCGAAUUACAGCCACAGCUGGACGAGCUGAUUGAUGGAUUAAGGCGAAUGUGGGAAGUGAUGUUUGAAUGCCACAAGCUUCAGUUGGACGCCAUAUCAACCGCUUAUAACAAAGGCAACCACAAAUCCUCGGAUUUACAUAGGAAUGCAAUCCAUCUCAAAGCUCAACUCGAGUCCCUAUCUUGGAGUUUUACGAAAUGGGUAAGUGCUCAGAAAACAUAUCUUCAAGCUUUGAACAAUUGGCUUUUCAAAUGCAUACCUCUGCAAGAGAAAUCAACAAAGAGGAGGAGAAGGAGGGAAGGCCCGCCCAUCCGUAACUUUGGCCCACCAAUGUACACCACUGUUGAAGUUUGGUUGGAAUUAAUUGGGACCUUACCUGAAAAGGCUUUACAAGAUUCUAUAAAAGUGUUAGCCUCUGAAAUCAAUCGUUUCGUUCCUCAUCAUGAAAAGAACCAAGACAAGGGGCGGGAUGGUAAUAACAGUGAUACACACGAAGUGUCAGAGGAUCAUGUUCAUGAGUUUGAUCGUUUUCAACAGAGCCUGAUCGGUUUUCUCAGUCAGUUGAGCGUUUUUGCGGAUUCAUCUGCUAACAUGUUAAUCAAACUCCAGAAGGACAUUCAGGAUUCCAAGAACAACUAUAACAGAAAGAUGUCGAUAUCAUGAUGAUGAAGAAGCCAGGUAAGUUAUAUGCGGAGUUGAUGAAUUAACCUGAUUAUAAAUUGUAAUUACAUUAAGGUUUGAUUUUUACAACUUUAAAAACAGCUUAUUCCUUUUG